CCAGGGCCUGGUGAGGGCCCCCGGGGGCCGAAUCUGUGAUAAAUUGCCGCCGCGACUUGUCCGUAGCCAUUUUGGCUCAAGCCCGCAGCGCUUUGUUUGUUCAGAGCCGUCUCAUCCAGCCGCUCCUCGCUCAUCGCCCCCAUCUCGCUCCCCCCGCUCCCGUUGGGCACCGCGCCGCCAUGCAGCGGGAUGGCCCGUUCGCGGAGCGAGGCGCCUUCGAGAAUCACCGCCGAAAGUGGUGGCCCCUGCUGUCGCCGUGGAUCGCUGUGUUGUGCUACCUCGUCGCGCGGAGGUGUCUCUCCUCAGGGGUCGUCCGGCUGCGCGUCGCGGACGGCGCCUCGGGCGGGUUCCUCCGCGCCGGUCCAGUCAGUUCUGGGUUCCUCGCCAGGAGGGGCGACGGCGAUGCCUUGUCUGGGAUCCAGAACGCCACCGACGCUCGCGAGGCUUCGCGGUCUGUGGUCGUGCCGCUGCCGUUGCUGAGUUACUGGCGCUUCGAGCCCCCCCGGCAAGCGGUGGCCACCCUGGUGCCCAGCGGGGAGUGGGGCCCGGAGGCCAUUCGGUGGUGGAACGCUGGCGCGGGCCGCAUGCGGUACCAGUACAAGUUCUGCGACCAGGGUCCCCACCUGCACCUGCGCUUGUUCGGGGACGCGGUGCUGCUCGGCCCGAACGGCACCCUCCCAGGCUUUGGCUUGCCCCAGAGCGCCUCGGAGGCGCACCACCGGGGGCCGCCACGUGGCAGUGUGAUCCCUGAACUCCAUGUCACGGUGCCCGUGCCUGCCAACGUGGAGCCUAGAAUGACCACGGCAUCGUGGGUUGUGUCGGACAUCCCGUCGCCUGGCGAGCGCCUGACGAGGCUGGACCCAGAUCACGCGCUGAGGUUCACAUUCAUCAUGUCUCCAUCAGGCCAGAUACACAGGAGGUUGUUCCUGCUCCUCUGGCCCCUGCUGAUGCCGAAGUUGUUCUGGGCCCGUGCCCCCCUGAUCGCGAAGGUGGCUUUGUUUGCACCCCUCACCAUAAUGGUGUUCCACUUGGUGUGCUUCCUCGCCGAGGUCUCCCGAAGACACAUGGCCGUGCGCAUGUACCGCCGGCGGCGUUUGGCGCGGCUGGGCGCCCUGCGGCGCGCGGCCAGCUGUGUGGUCGAGGUGUUCUCGCAGGAGGACUGCUGCAUCUGCCUCGCGGACCUGGAGCGCCGCGAGGACCUCACCAUGCUGCUCCCCUGCAAGCACGUCGUGCACCACGCCUGCUACAGCUCGUGGGUGAGCGCCCCGUCGUACACCGUGCCGCACCUGCGCUGCCCGCUGUGCAACAGCCUCACCGCUGGCGUCGCGCACCCCGUGGCGGCCUCCGACGCCGGGCGCGUGGCCGCGGCGUGCCCGGGCGGCCCGGCGGCCGGGCGCCCGGCGCUCGGGGAGUGACGGGGCGCUCGGCCGGGCCGCGGCGUGCCCGCAGGGCGCGCUGGGCCGCGCGAGCCGUCCGCAGGCCGUCCGCGGCGCCGAGCGCCGGGAGCAGCGGGCCGGGCGCGAUGGCGGCCGGUGGCGGCCGGGGCAGCGAGGACGAAAAAGGGCGCGUGCUCCACGGCGCGAGCACGCGGUGGCAUUCGCGGGAGGGCGUGGGGUCCGCAGCCGCGGCCUCGCGGGCUUGGCCCGGGCGCAGCCGUGCGGCCGCGCCUCCCAGACCUCCUUGAGUCAUGAA